UUUUGUAAUGUGUUUCCAAUAAAUAAAAUGAGUGAGACAAAGUUUUGAUUUACCGUUAACCAUUUCAAUGACCCUACAAAGAACUCUCUACUCUGUAAGUGGAAGCACACAUAACAACAAUUCACAAAAUUCUUGUGCUUGAUCACCCGUCCCUCGAUCUCGAUAACAAAGAAAGAAAUAAGAAAUAUGACUUCGGUAGAAUUCAUUUCAUUGCACACAGUAAUGCGAAAUAUGGCACUCGUCAAAGGAAAUUGUUACGAUACGGAUAACCAUUCGAUGUAAAUUAAUUUAGAACCACUUUUUGUAUGAAGUCAGUGGAAAGACACGAAAGUGAAAGCAAGAUUUGCAAGACGAAAAUAGUAGCAAUUGCACAAAAUUGUCUGCGAAUCUAGUCGCUCAACAGAAAGAAGUACCUGGUUAUAUUCUUAUACGACUGCAUUAAAAUAUACUUGAAUGGUGAGCCAAAUGCAGACGGACAUCGGAUGGAUGAUAAAGAAAAUGAAAGGUUUGAUGAUUGGCUGAGAAAAUUUGGCAGCGCGUUCGACAGUGGAGAUCUGGAAGCUGCUGAGUCUUACGUGACAUCAGCUCUAAAACUCGUCCACGGUAAAGCAGGGCAAAUAAAGAAAGCAAAAAAAUGUUUCAAAAGUCUGGGUAGUGUUUACUUGGAAUAUGGAAAAAAAUAUAAAAAUGGGGAAGAUUUUGCCAAGGCAGUGGCCUUAUACAAUGCGGCACUGUGUAGGCUGCAAGAUGAGGAAAUCCAGCAAAAAGAAACGCUGCUUUUGCUCAUUAAAGAAACAGAAAAACAGUUUCUUAAGAAUGUCCUUUCUACAAACUCAAAAAUAGAUGUCCCUGCAUUUGAAAACGAUCUUCAACACAAAGCUUUACUGACAAAAUUCGUGAACACUGCAAGCGGGUCUUGUGCAAUAUCGAUUCCAAUUCAGGUUUUGAAAUAAAGCUAUUACAUCCCGACAAACGUGUGCCUUCUGAGAGAGAGAGAACCACUUUGGUUCGGUCGCUAUUUCGAGAUAUUGCUGAUGGAAUGUGUGAUGUUGUUCGAACGUUGCUGGAAGAAUGCAAGUCAAUGUUAGGAAGUGCACCUUGUUGCUAUGCUGUCAUAGGAUUGGGGUCCUUGUCUAGACAGGAAAUGACACCAUAUUCUGAUUUGGAGUUUGCGAUUCUUAUUGAGGAAGGCAAGAAUACGGAGAAAAACAUAGCGUACUUUCGUCAUUUGACACAUUACUUACACAUAAAAGUAAUUAAUCUUGGUGAAACCAUUUUACCAUCGAUGGGUAUCGUCUCGCUAAACGAUUUCUACUCAAAAGAUGAGUCCCGAAAGUGGUUCUACGAUGAUGGACCGAGGGGGUUCUGCUUCGAUGCAGCCAUGCCGUGGGCAAGCAAAAUGCCUCUGGGGAGAAAGAAAACAGAACAUAAAGAUGCUCUUGAGCUUAUAAAAACACCAACAGAAAUGGCCGCUCUACAGUCUGAGCAAAUUGCUAUCAAGGAAGGUUAUCACUUGGCGGAUGUCAUGGUAUCUUCGUUGUUGAUUACUGGUGACGAAGAACUUUUUCAGGAAUAUGAAAUGAAAAUCAAGGAAAAUCUGCAAACACCAUCUAAAUGUGGAAAUUCUUGGACAAAUGGAUCGCGAAGGGGAUUUUUCUCUUUGCACGAGGCGUUGCACAAUUUUGACAUGAACAUCGAUUCGAACGAGGAAGGCAAGGCGUUUAACGUGAAAAAAGACCUCUAUCGUUUUCCCAGUUUGAUCGUCAGCAGUCUAUCUUUGUAUUUUAACUUGAAUACUCGGGUACCUUGGAAUGCCGUAAAAGAGAUGAACGAAAAGAACUUGAUUAACAACGAGGAGGCACACAAUCUGCAAUUUGCACUUGCCAUUGCAUCAGAGUUUAGACUGCGGUCAUAUUUAGCUAACAAAUCACAACGAGAAAGGGUUACGACUCUAAUGUCAGAUGUUGUUGAAGCAGAAGUUAACAUAACAUUAACUGGCCAAGUUGAAAAGUUGAAAAUGGAUGAAGUCAUUCACCUUUCAAACACUGAUGUCAUCACACGUUUUUUUAUGACUGUUUUACCUCUUCAGAAAGCUGUCCGAACAUUGCUGCUCAACGAAAGCUCACACAGACAUAGAAAAUUUACCACAGAAAAUAAUCUUUUCGAUGAAAGAGCCGAGAUCAGAGCAAGUAUCUAUAUCCGUCUGAUGGAUUAUGAGAAAGCAAAGUCGUGUCUUGAGGAAGCUGUUUCUGAAAUCGAAAACAAAUUUAAUGAACCCUUCACAGAAACUCCGACGUUUUUUGAGAAACUUUCCAAGUUAGGACAUGUUUAUAGCCUCUUGGGAUACAAGCAAAAAGCAGUUCAUUGUCACGAGAAAGCAGCAAGAUUACUCAAUGCAAAAUACAACGGUGAAAUUACGGCAAAUUCACACUUUGCAAAUUCGUUAUUUGAGCUUGGCAAUUCGUAUAUGUCAAUUGAGAGUACAAGAAAGCCCUUGACUUUCAUCUUGAAAGUUUAUCCACAAAAAGGCGAUAUAUGUCUUGCAGGAAGAGUCUUCUAUGAGAAAGCGAUGGAUAUGAUCAAUGAUAUUGGGAAGUGGAGCAUUCCCAUUCAUUAUUGCACAACGUUGAACAGUUUGCUUGCAGUGUAUACAUUGUAUGGAGACAUCCAAAAAGCUUUAGACAAUUAUGAAGAGCUUUAUCGGAUUAUGCUUUCAUUAUACGGAACAGGUGUAGUACAUCCCAACUUGUCUGCAUCGCUAAGCAACGUCGCGUUGUGCUAUCAUGGAGCAGGCAACACUGAGCAAGCUGUGAUACUUUAUGAGCAUGCGUUGUCUAAUGCACGACAACUGUACGGUCACAUGGACGCACAUCCGGAUAUUGCUGAUCGUCUGUACAAUCUUGGGCAUAUGUACUUGCACUUAGGGGAUUGUGUGAAGGCCAUCAAUUACAUUGAAGAGGCUUUGAAAAUGCAACGUUUGCUGUGUCGCGGACUACCAUUAUGCCCAGAGGUUGCUAUGGUACUUCGUAGUCUUGGUAUGGCUUAUAGAAAGAACGAAGAAAUUUCAUUGGCAAAGAAAGCCUAUGAAGAGUCAUUGCAGAUGUUCCGUUUGAUUCAUGAAGAUGAUUUUGCAAAUAGGUAUACAAAUCUUUUUACAUUAACUCUUUACUUCCCAAGAUUUUUGUUUGACUUUUCGAUGGUUUCCUUGAUGUUACCAUACUGUAAAGCUGGGAGAGAAAGGGUUGAAGCUCAUAAAAACCAGCAUUUAAAAUUAGGGAGUGUUGAACAUGGCAACGGUCAUGAGAAACAGAGACAGAUUGGCUAUUUCUUGGGAAAGAUGUUCUUGAGAGAUGUAUGUAAAGCCUUGAUGGAUCUUGGCUACAUUCAUGUUGAUAUGGAAGAUUUUCACAAAGCGAUGGCAUAUUUUGAAGAAGCAUGUCAGACAUUUGAGAAGAUAUAUGAGCACAGCGAACCACUUGACGAUUUUGCGGAAUGCUUGAACAGUUUGGGUCGUGUCUAUCGACAGCUCGGGUUCAACGAGAAAGCCUUUGAGAGCUGCUCUAGAGGACUGGAAAUGAUAAGUGAAAGCAAACUGGAACCUUUGGCAUAUUCUUUGGCCGAGACGAUGGUGGAAUCUUUAGAAAUAUUACGACAAACGGAUUGGUCAUCAUCGGUUGAUCUUGCAGAAAUUUUGCACAACUUGGGAGUAACGUUCAUUAAGCUGGGAAGAUUCGAUGAGGCGCAGUCACAUUUAGAAGAAGCACUUGCUCUGUAUAUGUCCAUUCAAGGCGAAGACAAAGCAAACUCGGAAAUGUCGCAAACUUUGACGAACCUUGGUUAUCUUCACUCACUUCUUGGAAACCUGGACGAUGCACUAAACUAUCUAAAACAGUCUCUUGACAUGAAGUACAUUUUAUACGAAGCAAACACGUCACACCCUAGCAUUGCAGAGACUCUUGGCUACAUAGGCAACGUAUAUUAUCAACAGGAGGAGUACAAAAAUGCUAUUUUGUAUAUUCAGCAAGCUUUGGACAUGUUAAAAGACGCCGAACAGCCGUGCAAUAAAGAGAUUGCUCUAAACCUAUGCAAUCUUGGUCAAGCAUACGAAUAUCUUUCCGACAUUCCUGCUGCCCUUGCUUGCUAUGAGAAAGCUUUGCCGAUGAUGCUUGAAUUGUAUGGUGAAUUACACGAGUCGACUCAAAGAAUCCUUGAAAGCCUGAACGAGAUACAUCAGCAUCCUACUAUUGCUGUAAAUGCAGCGACGAGUGAUUCUCAUUAACUCUCGCUGCUCUCGACUUCUCAAGCGGUCAAAGUCGGGGGAUUUUGUUUAUGAGCAUCUUUAACACAUGUAUUCUUAAAAUUACAAAACAACUCAACUAUAGCGUCCGAAGUCAUAAUUUAAUUUUUACACAUAUGCACUAUUCAAAACGAGUUACUCGUUGUGUUAAGUUACCAUUUUUCUAGUGAAUAUAGACACACUUAUGUGCAAGAAUACAAGAUAAAAAGUUAUCAUUGUAAAUACUUCAAUUGCUGUAUGUCUAAAUAGAAGUGUUUACUCUAUCUAAGGAAUUGCUUGAAAUAUUUAACGUUGCCACAAAUUUUCUCGUGUACGGUGAUAGUCAGUGACAUGGCCAGCCCGCAAAUUUCGUCCUGCUAUGUAAAUUUUUCUGUAUUCAAUCAUUGUAAAAACAAUAGAUUUCUAUAGAAAUGAAUAAUGAUAAUGAUCUGACAUUUACAUAGCACGGCCAAAUUUGCGGGCUGGCGCUACGUCACUGGUGAUACUGUAACUUGUCUAACUGUAUUUGCUAGCAAUUAUCAUCAAGAUUUCAACCUCUUCAA